CCGCCACCGCCGCCGCCGGGCGGCGCCCUGGGCUCCCGGCCACCCGCCGCGUGGGCUCCCGCGCGCGUGGUGCUGGAGCGUGGAGUCCCUGCACCGCCGCCCCCCGGAGGAGCUGCGCUGCCUGCGCCCCGGGGUUGCAGCGCGUCCCAGGAGGAGCAGGACGAGGAGCUUGACCACAUACUAUCUCCUCCACCCAUGCCGUUCCGGAAAUGCAGCAACCCAGAUGUGGCUUCUGGUCCUGGAAAACCACUGAAGUAUAAAAGACAGCUGAGUGAGGAUGGAAGACAGCUGCGGCGAGGGAGCCUGGGAGGGGCCCUGACCGGGAGGUACCUGCUUCCAAACCCAGCGGCUGGGCAGGCCUGGCAGGCCUCAGCUGAGACGUCCAACCUUGUGCGCAUGCGCAGCCAGGCCCUGGGCCAGUCGGCGCCCUCGCUCACAGCCAGCCUGGAAGGGCAGCCUCCGAAGAGCCAUUUCAACACAGCCCGACAUCGCCAGAGACUAGUGGACCCAGCUGCUUCAAAAUUUCAACUCGGUAACCUGAGUUCUAGUGAAGAAUCUCUACAGAUUCCUCCCAUAUCCUGGCAGUCAGUACCCGUUUAUGGUAAACCAGCUGCCAAAUCUUUUGAGAAUAUUGACUGUAGUGUGGAUCUGCGUUGUAUAGUCUGA